ACACACACACACACCUCUUCACUGGCUGCACUCGCCUAGUGCACCAAACCACUUGGAGCCAGCCAGGGAAGCCGUAGUGUUCUGUACAUAGGCUACUGCGCAUUCCCCUGCGACACCAUAGAGAAAACCUCCUUGAUUCACACGGCGUUUUAUUAAAGGACCAACUCUCAUUGACUUCUCUCUCACUUGUUCUCCUUUCAAAUCGCUUACAGUACUUUUCAUAAUCCAUCUACGGGAUGAUGAUAAUCGGCGAUGCAGAUGAAACUGAACAUCAAAGGUGUGAGGACGGUCAAGGAUCAAGGAGUUAUGUUUCAAAAAGAAAUCUAUAAAGCGUCUCAUUAGCAUACGGCAAGAGGGAAUUUACAUACGGAAUAUAUUUGAAGUGGCGCUCCUCUCACGCUCGCACUCUUCAUUUGCAGAACGCAGUGAGCACGAGCUGAGAACUCUCCCGGCAACCGCAUCAACGACUGCGAGGGGAGGAAAACCCGGACGAACAAACAGAGCAAAGGGGAGUAGCCCGAGGUCGAGAGAGGAGAGCAUGUGCUGAACUGAGGAUAAACGGAUAAUAUGCGGAUGUAAAUAAAAACGCGCACUUGCAAGAGAGAGAAAAAAACACAUUUGGUGACUGCGCAAAAACACACAUUCACUCAGGAGGAUCCCUCUUUCAGGAGCACAGUACGUUAACUUUUCUACCCGGUUCAAGGCGGCUGGUUGUGAAGCGUGCGGGGCGGUCGUUUUUGUGAUGGGGGCAGUGGGCGAGGUGGGUACAUUUUCCUUGCACGGCCUGGAUAGCUUCGGACACGGAUCACAUUUUGUCCUGACGCCCGCUGGGGACACCCCCGGACUGAUGAGCGAGCACCUGGUGUCGGCCGAGAGGUUGUCGCGGAGCACGCCGUCGGAUCUGACGCAUCUGAAGGGGAUUCUACGGAGGAGGCAGCUGUACUGCAGGACCGGGUUCCACCUCGAGAUACUGCCCGAUGGCACAGUGCAAGGCACCAGGAAAGACCAUAGCAGAUUUGGUAUUUUGGAGUUCAUCAGCUUGGCUGUGGGGAUGGUGAGCAUCCGUGGGGUGGACAGUGGAUUAUACCUGGGCAUGAACAGCAAGGGAGACCUCUACGGCUCUGAGAAGCUGACAGCCGAGUGCGUGUUCCGGGAGCAGUUUGAGGAGAACUGGUACAACACGUACUCAUCCAACCUCUACAGACACGGUGACCGGGGAGCGCACUACUUCGUGGCGCUCAACAAGGACGGCACGUCCAGGGACGGCGCCCGCUCCCGGCGACACCAGCGCUUCACCCACUUCCUGCCCAGGCCCGUAGAUCCCGACCGUGUACCCGAACUCUACAGAGAGGUCCUGGGCCACAGCUGAGACCCGGUGGGAGUGUGUUGGUCCCUGCGGCACUACACACCCAGCACACUGCACCGUGACUCUCAGUACUCUCCUAUGAAGGGUCUGCAUAUCGUCAGUCUCCCUAUGGCUUCCUAUGGAAACAAAAUGGAGGAAAGGUCGCUUGGGGGCAGUGGGGUGGAUAGCAAAUAUGUGUGAAGCCUGGCCUUGCGGUCCCCGAAAAUGGGUCAAGGCCAGUGCAGCCCCAGGAGAAAGGAGUACAGGUGUUUAAUAGGGGCUUUUUGGCCAAAAGAGAGGCUGGCCUGGUGGCCAUCUUUGUUUUGAGCAUCGUGUUGGAAGGUGAAGGGAUCACCUCCAGAGCUGCUGAUGUCAUCUUUCCGGAUGGUUCUUCUUCACCACCCCCUGAGUGGCUUCUGACAUUCUGAUUGGUCAGUCUAUUUGUAGUGAAAUGGGAGUAGGAGAAGAAGAGUGGAUGGUCCUCCAGCGGAGUGUAGACUUUGUGUUCUUCUGUGGUACCCCAAGGUGGACUGUUUUGACGAAACACUCUAGAAGAUUUGUGAAGGAAUUCUGUUCUGAACCUUCCGUAACUGCAUUCUAUUCCCUGACACGAGCAUGGACGAGAAAAAAAGACUUACAAAAUAACCUUAGCCUGUUUCAGUUUUUUUAAUUUAUGCAUUUUUCUGGGACAUAUAUUUAUUUUAUAUAUUUAUUUAUUUUGAGAAUAUAUUUUUUACAGGUAUAUAUAACAUAUUAAAAAUAAGCCAUCAGAGAUGUAUUUUGUGCCACUGUGUAAAGCACUGCAUUUGACAUGUCCUUUCAAACUGACUGAAGAAAUAUUUUCCUAGGAGUUUUUAUUUAGACAAUGGUUUGUGUAAGGCCGCGUUGCCACUAUUCCCGAGCUUGUCAUCAUCGGGGGCGUCCAUGUUUCUCUUAUGUCAUCAGAAAGAGCCAGAGUUCCACUGGGUCCAGUGAGGAAUAAACCUGUUAACACUUCA